AUGAGCGCCGACCCUCCCGCGGGCCACAGGUGCGGGGCAAGCCGCUGGCAGCGCGGCACGCUGUGGCUGCAGCACGUCGACCCGCCCCCGGCGGUGGAGGGGCCCUGGCCGCCGCUCGCGUCGGACCCGGACGCGUUUACCACCUUCGCGAGGGACCUGGGCGCGGACGAGCGGUAUCGAUUUAUCGAUGUUCUGGACAUCGACGCGCCGCCGAAGCGGGCCCUGGCUUUCGUGGUUUGCUAUCCGACCGGGGGCUCGGUCGCCGAGGCCAUACUUCCGCUCUUCUCGACGCCGCCGCCGCCGAACGCGGCGUUCUUCGCGCGGCAGACCGUCGGCGGCACAUGUGGCACGGUGGCGCUGCUCAACUCGCUGCUGAACGCGCCCGGCGUGGCGCUGCCCGAACUUGGGCUCGAGGGCGACCGGCCCUCGGCGGCGGCGGUCCUUGCAGCGCCGGCGGUGCGCGCGGCGCACGAUCGAUGUGCUGGCGCGGCGGGGAGCGCCGAAGCCGGGCGCCGCCAGGGACGACACUUCGUUGCCCUCGUCAAGGUCGCGAAAGAUUACCUCUGGCUCGACGGGAAGCGGGCCGGACCCGUAGGGGCGGGGCCGCGAAGCAAGAAGGGCGCGAAGCGGGAGCUGCGGAAGCUGGUAGAUGCUGUGCUAGACGCGCGGCCCGACGCGCUAUUUUCCGUCGUGGCGCUGGUCGACACCGCGCCGCGGCCGCGCCCGCGACCGCCGGCGGGCUCGGCCCCCCGACCGCGGACGUCGGCUCGCCGCGGCGCCGCGGUAACGGUUCCUCCACCGCCGGCACCGCUGGCGACACGCCUCUCGCUUCGGCGGACUCGCUCCGGCGAAUCCAGCACAGACCGUCCUAGGCGUAGUAAGAUGUAUAGAAAGUAA